AUGCUUCAAGCCAAGCGACUGCCCAGCGCGGUGGUCUGUGGACUCGCUCUUCUAAGCACAUGCGUCUCUGCCCAGAGCAGCAGCUCUGCCAUAGCUACCCAGUCAGCCUCGUCGACAACCAGCUCAGCCGCCACGACUCACACCGUCCUCGUGGGAAAAGCAGACCACAAGUUCGAACCGGACGUUACCCAAGCUCUUGCCGGCGAUUUCAUCAAAUUCCAGUUUUACCCCAACAACCAUUCCGUCGUUCGUGCCGAGUAUGGGUACCCGUGUAUCCCUUAUGAGAUGACUGGUGUGGGGAAGACUGGCUUUUACUCUGGCUUUAACCCGGUAGAUGUGAUACUAGAUGACCCGCCAUCCUACACGGUCCAAAUCAACGACACUGACCCAAUCUUCUUUUAUUGCUCCGCACCUGGUUCAUGCAUCAACUACGAGAUGGUUGGGGUCAUCAACCCAAACAAAUCCACAUCGUUAGAAGUCCAGAAACAAAAGGCUGGAGCCAGUUCUUUCUCGUUAAGCCCCGGCGAAAAAUUCCCCGAUGAAGCGGCUUCAUCGUCAGUUCUGUCGGGGGUAGCCUCGGCUACAGCGACUUCGAAGGCGACGGGGACAGCAGCGGCUGGUGGCCACUCAAGCAGCCUAUCUGGAGGAGCCAUCGCCGGCAUUGUCAUCGGCAUCAUUGCGGUGGUUGCUAUAAUGGCUGCUUUGUUCUUCUUCGUCGGCCGCAACAAGUCGCUGAAAGAAAACGGGGGGCGUCAAUCUGCGCCGAUGAGUCCUCACGCCGCCGCCGGCAGCCCGCCCAUGUUUCAGUCGCCAGUUGGCAUGUUCCCGCAAAGCAACCCCUACUUUCAGCGGGCCGACAUGGGAUCGAUGAACACCGGCCCGCCGUCGUACUCGCCGGCGGGCGACGACUACGGCACCGGGCAAUCUGGGGGUCACCCGCGCUCGUACUUCACCGAGGUGGGCAUGUAUCCUCACCACACCGGCGUGGUUUCAGACGGCAUAUCGAGAUCGUCCAACGCAGGCAGCCCACCGCCGCCAGGCUCGGCUCCACCUCCACCCCCACCCCUGCCGUCCCCGGGCCCCAAAAAGCCGCAUGUGCAUGAGAUGGAGGGCUAG